CCCCCGGGAGGCUGGGCGGGGCGCCCUUGCGCACAGAGCCGGGAGCUAUUUCCGACCCGGCUCCUGCGCGGUGCCCGUCCUGGCUCAGACCCGCCCUGCCAUCGCCUCCUGCUUUGUGAGCCGGGAGCCCUGAGCCGCUGCUGCGCCCCAGCGGGGUGUGUGCGGGGAGAGCCCUUCCCUAGCGCCCCUCGGGGCCAGCCUGCAGAUUGUCACAUCACCCCAGGGGCCAGGGAAGGGAAAUGGCUGCAGUGGACUCGGCUCAGAUUUUCCAAUUCCCAAGCCCAGCGUGAUCUCCCAGCUGGACCGAGGGGAAGAGCUGUGGGUCCCUGAUCUCCAGGGGUCCCAGGCUAGAGAGAUCCAGAGAAACAUUCCCAGAGGACGAGUUGCACAUGUCUUUUCCUCCACCCGCCCUCCUCCCUUCUGCUUCAGAGUCCAUUAUGUUAGGAUGCUGGUGCAAAUGAACUGAGAUGAUGCCCUGGGCAUAUCUGCCCUUCAUUCCCUCAGCUGGAUGUAUGAAGACAUGCAUGGCGCAUAUACCACUACCGUAAACUCUCUGAAUACAGUGUUAUGCACACCCCUAAAGGGAAUAGACGUGAAGUGAAAUAGACAUGCGCAACAUCUUGAAAAACAGCAAAUACAGUAAAGGUGAUGAGAUGGUGAGUGAGAGCAGUGAAGAGAAUCCUUGUCCAGCAGGUCCUGAGCAAAUGGAACCAAAGGGGAUGUUACUGGGAAGGUGUGAAGGGGAUGAUUCUCAGAUUCCUGUGCAAGGACAAGCCCAAGAAACACAGUGCAGACCAGAGAAGCAGCAGGGAAGCUCCCUAGGGAAGACACUGGGUGAAUCCACUUGCCAAGGGGGAGUUUUGGAAGAACCUAAUGAGGCCAUGAUCCAGCCGAGAACCUGCACUAAGGAGAAGCGAUUUGAAUGUGCUGAGUGCAGGAAACGCUUUAGUUGUAAAGAACACCUUGUUAGACAUUUGAGAGUCCACACGGGAGAGACCCCCUAUCACUGCCCUGAGUGUGGGAAACAAUUCAAUGACCAAUCAAUCCUUAUUAGACAUCAGAGAACCCAUACAGGAGAGAGACCCUAUAAGUGCCCCAACUGCAAAAAAUGCUUCAGUCAGAGGUCAGGCCUUAUUACACAUCAGACAGUCCACACAGGAGAGAAAUGCCAUAAAUGUCCUGACUGUGGACAAACCUUCACUCAGAGAGGGCAUGUCACUAGACAUCGGAGGACUCACACGGGCGAGAGACCCUAUGGAUGCCCAGAGUGUGGAAAAAAGUUCGCUUCCACCUCUGACCUUAUUAUACAUCAGAGAAUCCACACAGGAGAGAAACCCUACAACUGCCCCGACUGCGGGAAAAGCUUCAGUCACAGCCAUCACCUUACUGACCAUCGGGGAAUCCACACAGGAGAGAGACCCUAUACCUGCCCUGGCUGUGGGGAAAGCUUCAAAAGUAAAUCUGGUUUCAAAGUCCAUUGGAGAAGGCACACAGGAGAGUGCCCCUAUCAAUGUUCCGUCUGUGGGGAAAGGUACAAAACCAGGAACUCUCUAACAUGUCACAUGAAACACCACACAGAAUAGUGCCAGCCACUUCCCCUCCUCUCUCUGCAUCUGUAGAGAUAGGAAGAACCAUGAGGAUAAUAAACUCCCAAUGCCCUAGGGAGUCAAGUGGCACCACUAUUUACAUGUGUGCUGUGUGUCUCAGGAGGAUGGAGGCACAAGGAGAGUGACAUUAUUAUUAUUAUUACUGUAUUGCAUUAUUCUCUGACACUCUCCCAUCCCAUCCCAGCUCCCUCUGUCAUGAGGAGGCUUUUACUGAGCCAAAGAGUUUACCUGGAUUUCCCGAUCCCUAUUUCAGGCAGGGGCUCAGUUCACAUUGUUGCACACUGGGAUUAUUCUGUAAAUUGCUGCCCCGGGAGGCAUUUUCUCCCUGUUUCUGCAUGGUGGGGAAGAGCAGAGAUCUGAUAUUUCUGGAAAGUUGGAUGUCAGUGGAUUGUUUAUUGUUCAUUGAAUUAUUUUCUCAGUAUUGCUCAAUCAUGUGUUUUUUUCCCCAAAUAAGAUGUAAAUAAAACUUUUCUGGCAAAUUUCA